AUGAGAGGGAGGGAUAAUAUGGGACCGAGGAAGUACUUUUUAGGUUGAUUGGAUAUUAAGUACUUUUCUUAUGCUCUCGGUCAGAAUGUUUUGUAACAAUACAGUAUAUAUGAAGCAUUUUCCAUUUCUCUUAAAGAAAACCUAAAGGUUCUACUUCUUGCUCCUUAAUCUUGAUUCUUUUUUGUUCCAGUUUCUUUUGUUUACUUGAAAGAUCUAUAUAAUGGCAAAAAAGUAUGAAGGAUGUGCUGUGGGAAUAGACCUUGGAACAACUUAUUCUUGUGUUGCUGUGUGGCUUGAUGAACACAAUAGAGUUGAGAUUAUACAUAAUGACCAAGGCAACAAAACCACUCCUUCUUUUGUUGCUUUCACUGACGAUCAAAGGUUGGUUGGUGAUGCUGCUAAGAAUCAAACUGCCUUGAACCCUGAAAAUACUGUCUUUGAUGCUAAGAGGUUAAUAGGUAGAAAGUUUAGUGACCCCAAUGUCAAAAGUGAUAUGAUGUUGUGGCCAUUCAAGGUCAUUUCCGGUGUCAAUGACAAACCCAUGAUUUCCCUGAAGUACAAGGGACAAGAAAAGCAGUUAUGUGCCGAGGAAAUUUCAUCUAUGGUUCUAUCUAAGAUGCGCGAGAUUGCAGAGGCGUUUUUGGAAUUGCCGGUCAAGAAUGCUGUUAUUACUGUGCCUGCUUAUUUUAAUGAUUCUCAGCGGAAAGCUACCGUAGAUGCUGGUGCCAUUGCUGGCCUUAAUGUUAUGCGGAUAAUCAAUGAGCCCACUGCUGCAGCUAUUGCAUAUGGCCUUGACAAGAGAAUUAACUGUGUGGGAGAGAGAAAUAUUUUCAUCUUUGACUUGGGUGGUGGGACUUUUGAUGUGUCUAUCCUUACAAUUAAGGAUAAGGUCUUCCAAGUUAAGGCUACUGCUGGAAACACUCACCUCGGAGGAGAAGACUUUGAUAAUAGGAUGGUGAACUACUUUGCCCAAGAGUUCAACAAGAAGAACAAGGUGGACAUUACUGGAAACUCAAGAGCCUUAAGGAGGUUGAGAACAGUGUGCGAGAGAGCAAAAAGGGUACUAUCUUUUGCUGUUGUCACCACCAUUGAGGUAGAUUCUCUAUUUCAAGGCAUUGACUUCUUUUCAACAAUCACUCGUGCCAAAUUUGAAGAAAUCAAUAUGGAUCUUUUCGACGAGUGUUUGGAAACUGUUAAGAGUUGUCUCACCGAUGCCAAGAUGGACAAGAGUGUUAUACACGAUGUUGUUCUUGUUGGUGGCUCAUCUAGAAUUCCAAAAGUACAACAGCUAUUGCAGGAAUAUUUUGCAGGGAAGGACUUGUGCAAGAGCAUUAACCCUGAUGAGGCUGUUGCUUAUGGCGCAGCUGUGCAAGCUGCUUUGUUGAGUGAAGACUUUAAAAAUGUUCCAAACUUGGUGCUGCAAGAUGUUGCACCUUUGUCUCUUGGUAUCUUUGUUAAAGGAGAUAUAAUGGAUGUUGUUAUUCCUAGGAACACUAGCGUUCCAGUCAAGAAAACACGACACUAUACAACUACUAUUGAUAACCAACCUUCUGCUGAUAUCCAGAUUUAUGAGGGUGAGAGAGCAAGAGCUAGUGAAAAUAAUCUGCUUGGUUUUUUUAAUCUUUCUGGUCUCCCAGAUGCUCCCCGCGGUCUCCCUUUAGAUGUAUGCUUUGCUAUUGAUGAAAAUGGUAUUUUAACCGUAUCUGCAAAGGAAAAAUCCACCGGAAGCAUUAACGAGAUUACAAUAACUAAUGACAAAGAAAGACUGUCAUCCAAAGAAAUUAAUGACAUGAUAAGAGAUGCUGAAAAUUACCGUGCUGAAGAUGAAAAAUUUCUAAGGAAGGCCAAUGUAUUGAAUGCAUUAGAUUAUUGUGUUUACAAGAUGAAGAAUGCUUUAAAGAAUAAGGAUGCCAAUCUAAAGCUCUCCUCUCAAGAAUAUGAAAAUAUCAAUUCUGGAAUUGCGAAGGCCACAAAUUUGCUUGAGAGUAACCAACAGAGUGAAAUAGAUGUUCUUGAAAAUCAUCUGAAGGAGCUUGAGAGUAUGUUACAACUCAUUAUAGGCAAAUCUUUCUAGUUUUAUGUUUUCUCAAUUGCUAUUUCAACUGUUGUUUUGGUAGAGUUUUUUGUUUUGAGACCAUGACUUAGAUUCUUGUUUUCAUGUUUUGUAGUUAUUUUAAUUAAUGGCUAUGAAGUCAUUCUUGUUUAAACUUUAAAGUGAUGAGACUUGAGAGUUUAUGAAUGGAUAAUAUAAGAUGAAGAUAAAAAGUGCACUGAUCCAAACCA